GCGCGCGCGGGGAUGCUCCGUGGCGCGCGCGCAGAGGGCUACGCUCUCGGUGCUGUGGCUGGUGUGGAUCCCCGCAGCCCCGGUGCCUCAUCCCGUCUGCAGCAGCCGCUCACGGCGCCAUGAGUCCGGACGUUUUGCCGCCGCUGCUGCUGCUCCUGUGGACGUCGGCGCCCUGCUGGUGCGCGCCGCAGCACACGUGUCACCCGGGAGACGAGCUCUUGGGAAGAUGCAGUACCGGCGCGCGUCAAGACAGAGCUGCCUGCACAGAGCUUAACCUGGGCUACUGUAAUGACUUGGAUUACUCAAGAACCAUAUUUCCCAACAUCCUGGGCCACCAGAGUCGCGUGGAAGCAGAGUCGGGGGCGGAGUAUCUCCUCCUAAGCGUCAUCCACGGCCUGCUCAAUGGCGAGUGCUCCCCUGAGAUCCGCCUGGUGGGCUGUUCGGUGCUGGCCUCGCCCUGCCGGGAUGACAAGAUGAUCAAACCGUGCCGACGCACAUGUGAGGCCCUGAGGAAAGACUGCUCCCAUGCCUUUGAGGCCAUCGAGAUGGCCUGGCCCUACUUCUUGGACUGUGACCGCUUCUUUGCCAGCGAUCAAGAGGGCUGUUUUGACCCCCUGGCAGGGCUGAAAGCCAAACAGGAGCUUGCACUGUCCAGCCUCUCACCUGAGGAGCCCAGUACCAUCAUCCAGUUCACGUACACCUCCAACUCCCAGAUGUACAGCCUGCUGAAGAGAACAGCGGCCAAGUGUGCCCACAUCUCUCACGUUUACAGCAUCGGGCGCAGCACUGAAGGCAGGGACCUGCUGGUCAUCGAGUUCACCAACAACCCAGGACAACAUGAGCUACUGGAGCCAGAGGUCAAGAUGGUGGGUAACAUGCACGGGAAUGAAGUUCUGGGUCGCCAGCUGCUCAUCUACUUGGCCCAGUAUCUGUGUUCCGAGUACAACCUGGGAAACCAGAGGAUCCAGAGCAUCAUUAACAGCACUCGCAUCCAUAUCCUGGCCUCCAUGAACCCCGACGGUUACGAGCUGGCCUCCUCAGAGGUAGAGGAUAACAGUGAACGGGACCUCAACAACCAGGAAGGACACUUGUUGAAUGGUUGGACUAAUGGCCGAUCCAACGCCCAGAAUAUUGACCUGAACCGCAACUUCCCGGACCUCACCUCCAUCUUCUACAGGAACAGGCGCAGCCGUCACUACAGAACUGACCACAUCCCAAUCCCAGAUGGCUACUGGUUUGGGAAGGUGGCGCCGGAGACCUAUGCAGUGAUGAAAUGGAUCAGGUCCCUGCCGUUUGUUCAGUCUGCGAGUCUCCAUGGAGGAGAGCUGGUGGUCUCCUAUCCGUUUGACUUCUCCAGACAUCCACAAGAGGAGAGAAUGUUUUCCCCCACUCCUGACGAACAGGCCUUUAAGCAGAUGGCACGCACUUAUGCUGAUGCUCACGCCACCAUGUCAAACAACGACACAGACAGGUGUGGGGCCUCCUUCUAUUGGAACAGGGGCAUCAUCAACGGGGCUCUGUGGUACAGCUUUGCUGGCGGCAUGUCUGAUUUCAACUACUUGCACACCAACUGCAUGGAGAUCACGGUGGAGCUGGGCUGCGACAAAUUCCCCCCGGAGGCCGAGCUCUACCCCGAGUGGAAGAGGAACAAAGAGGCUUUGCUCAGUUUUCUGGAGUCUGUGCAUCGAGGGAUCAAAGGAGAGGUGAAAGACACUGAUGGAAAUGGGAUCAAAGGUGCCACAGUCUCUGUUAGAGGCAUCAGGAAAGAUGUCACCACAGCUGAGGAUGGAGACUACUGGAGGCUGCUGAACCCUGGCACUUACAUCGUGACAGCCACAGCCAAGGGUUACUCCAAGGUCAGCAAGAGAGUUCACCUGCCUCACCGCAUGAACAAGGCCGGACGCGUGGACUUUGUCUUGGAGAAGGUCCCCGUGGAGCCUGGUAUUGAAGACCACCUCUUUCCCACGGUGGACAGCUGGGAGCGGUUUGAUCCCUACAACCAGUUUGAGCGCUUCAGCGAGGGUGACGGAGGGGUGGAGAGGCAGGAGAAGCCGUGGUGGUGGAACUACUUCUCCCAGUCUGGCAUUUCACCCCCGACCUGGCUGCUGAGGAACGUUUAGACAGAUUGACAGGAAGUGGGAGCAGAAGGAGCAAAGGAAGCAGUGUGAGGAGGUGGAUCCACGUUCCACCGGAGCUUGGUAUAAUCAGCCCUUUGCUUUGCAGACCACAAAUGGGUUUCUCUCACUGAGGUUUUUGCUCAAAUUGUUGCACCGUUGAAUUUUUAGCACUUCUAAAGAAGUUCCACCUAAGAAAUAAGUUAUGGAGGAUUCUCCAUCAGAUCUGAUCGCUUACUGUUGCAUAUCUAAGACAGAGCUGCAGAAAAUAUGUUUGUGCAAAUUUUAAAAUGUUCAUAUUUUUUGCCAUUACAGUCUUGAUUAGAUUUUUAGUUUUUUUUACAAACUUUUUGAACUCUUUUAAUCACAUUGGCAGCUUGUAAUUUCAGUGACCUUCCCCGUAAGGCCAGCAGAGAUUUUGCCUUCGUUGUUUUUUAUAAAGCCAUAAAUAAAAAAUAAAAAAUAUUUCUCUGGA